AUGGAGAAACAUGAAGAUGUUCAGUACUGUUUUCAAGAUAGAAACUCUUCUUGCAGAAAGGCUUCGCUAUCGACAUCUAUCUACAUAACUCUGUACAUCUUCUUCUCAUUGAUUUCAGCAGUUACAGUAUUUUUGAAUGUACUGGUGAUCAUCUCCAUCUCUCACUUCAAGCAGCUCCACACUCCAACCAACCUGCUCAUCAUCUCUCUGGCUGGGGCAGAUCUCCUGGUGGGACUGAUUGUGAUACCAGUAACGACUGUAGCAAUAAUGGAAUCAUGCUGGGGUUUUGGGGAAUAUUUCUGUGUGUUUCAUUUAUAUAUGGCAUUAUUUUGUACUUCUUUAUCUCUGGGCAAUUUGGUCUUGAUAUCUAUUGACCGCUAUGUUGCUGUGUGUGAUCCCUUAUUGUACCACUCUAAAACAACAAUAACAAGAAUGAUGUGUCGUAUAUCCAUUACCUGGUGUUGUUGUAUCAUAUACCGUGCUGCUAUUAUAAAAAGCUUUGUAAAUGUACAGGUACCCAGUAGGUGUUUGAAUGAAUGUUUUAUUGUUGAAGGAAUAUCCUGGAGUAAUAUCGUUGAAAUUGUAAUUACAAUGGUUGUCCCAUGCUCUAUUAUUAUAACACUUUAUUUGAAAAUCUUUGUGGUGGCCAGAUCACAGGCCAGAAAGGUUAAAUAG